AUGCUGCUUUAUCAUGGCACAGUCACCGUUCGUUACUGCAGAAUAGCUACAUCAAGAAAAAAAGGGGCGUGUGGGCUACAGCUACCAUGUAUGGUUCGCGUCCAUCAGCGUGCAAGGCAGACGCCCACCGCCACAAAGACUUGUGGUAACACAGUUGUGGAAAGAACAUUGUUCUGCCGGAUGCAAACAGAAGACAUGGCAGUUCAGUUGCACAAGAGAAGUGGGAGAAGAGGAGGGGACAAAAGGAAGGAGACCUUGAUUGCCGCACUGAUUAAAAAAAAUUUAAAUUUGUGGCCAGUGACGCCAAGAGAACAUGGAGUCUGGUCCAGCGAACUCAAGAAGAUCUAUGUCGCAAAGGCAAUCAACACAAAUCUUUCAGUUGAUCCCUUGAAAGCAACUGUGUGUAGUCCAUGCAUUAUGCAGACAGGGCUAAAUCGGAGAAGUCGGCGUCGGAGUCUUGCAACCCUGCUGCCUCACAAAAUAGCCAGAUGGCUACGUAGUUCUUAG